CACCCUUCACUCCGGGCAGUGUCUGAGUCUCAGUGAAGACACAAAGCCACAGCGAGAGAAGCACUUGGGAGGAAUUGUGAGGAGUGUCCACUGAGCAGGAGAGAGGAAACAGACUUGGUCGGUGUUGUCGAAUUGUAAUCGUAAUUGAGAGUGAGGAGUGGGCAACUGGACAUGUGGAAGAUUCUAUAUUUUCAGGAUCAACCACUCGGCAAAAAGAAAGAAAAGAAACAACAAUUGAUUAUUAUUAUUAUGGGUUCAUUGGACAUUGAGAAAAUGAUGGCACUAAUUUCAGCAUUAUAUCUGAUUACAGCGUCUGGAUCACUGACAACACUCACACCUGGAACGGUCAAUAAUGUAACCAUUGGAGAACAUGUACUGUUCCCUUUUGAUCACCAGAAUGCUGCUCACUAUGAAGUGAUAUUUGAACGUGAAUCCCCAAUCACUUGUAAAAUUGCAUCGUGGGAAUUCAUACGUUCAGAUGUGACAAAGUCUAUACAUCAAUUGUACGAAGAAAGAGUGGAAAUGGACUCGAAUAGUUCUGUGAUGCUGCGCACAAUUCAGAAGAAUGAUUCUGGGGAUUAUAAUAUCGAAAUCAACCACUUUAUGUCAACAUUGAAAGGCAGUGAUAAGAAAUCUUUUGCACUCCAUGUGUUUGAAAUGGUUUCCCAGCCUGUUGUGGUGACUGAUGGCAACUGUUCAACUCAAAAUAUUACUUUGAGCUGCUCUGUCCCCAUUGAAACAAGUGUUGUGUUUCACUGGGAAAAACAAUCAUUAUCCAGAGCUGCCAAAGAUAUGUACAAUGGCAGAAUACUAGUGAUAGACCACAACAUGAAAGAGGAACAAUAUGUGUAUGUUUGUAUAGUGGAGAACCCCGUCAGUAAAGCAACCAGCGAAGAAGUGAAAAUAAGAUUAUGUAAUCUGUUUAAUUUCAAAGAUCAGAUACAGCUGUGGAUGUUUUCUAUCAUCGGUGCAUCAAUUUCUUAUUAAUUUUGAUUUUAAUCAUCUGUUGCUUCAAGACGAGCAGAAAGGCUUCCUGCAAUGAAUUGACCAAUGAAGCAAAACAAGAAAACAAUGAAGAAACUGCUAUUUAUGAACAUGAGCUCAUUGAACCCACAUAUACAACAAGAAUUGAAACAAGAACAUUCUGAUUAUUUGAUAAUAAGCGAACUUAUCAUCAAAAGCAAAUACCCCAUGAGUCAUUGCAAUAUUCAUAGUGAUUUUUUCCCCUCGGCACUCUGAGCAUAGCAAUAGUGCAAAGUGAAGCUUACUUGCAGUAUGCUUUGCAUUUGCUUGUGCAGCUUUGUGACUUCAAAGAAAGUUAAUACCAUUACCAACCAGCCCUGGUCUCGCACCAAGCACUAAUAAAAGAACAGAAACUGUUCACUGAGCAGAUAUUUAUGGGUACAUUAAACUUUGGUAUCACUGCAAACUGGCAACAUUAAUUUUUGAUGCAUUAUCCUCUUUAUGGUUUCAUAAAGUGUUCCAAGAUGCUACCCCACCUAAUAGGCACUAUAUAAAUGCUAGUUGUUGUUUAUCUUUACUGCAUCUUGACAUACCAUCUUAUACAUAUUUAAUUGUGUAUUGUAUUGAAUGCAUUGAAUGUCUUACUUUUAAUAUUUAAUAAAAAGAUAAUAUUUUAAUAAUAUUAAAUGUCCAUUUAAUAUGCAAGCACCAUUCAAAACACUUGUCGGUCUCAGUAGCAAAGCCUGUGAAAAAUAUUAUCUUAAACCAAACACCAAUACUAUUUCUUCAAUAUUUUCCAUCUGACAUGGAUCACAUUUGCAUCAUGUUGCUCCACAGACCUCAGUAUUGUACCUUAUAUACCAGAUUUCCUUUGGUCC